UACGUAUAUAUCUUCAUCCAUUUACGCGGAAAUGUAGAGAAAAUUCAUUGUCUUGCUCCUGUCGGAAAGCGGGUGAUUGGUGCCACAAGACAAACGGCCAAACGACGAAUCACAUAAAACAAACAAUUCUUCUCCAUGUCAGUCUUUUGAGAGGGGCCUAAGUAAUUUCUCUUGUUUUUUCAGGUGGGAGGUACGAUGUGGUUGUUGUUGUUGUUGUUGCAGUAGUGCAAGACCAUCGCGCUCUAAGAAUAAUUAACGAUCGAAGUUUGGUAAGUACCACGCAGUUCCGUGUUAUUUCCCUCAAACAAAAGGGCAAGGGGAAGAGAGUGAUGCAAACUCCAGCCCAGAAUAUGAAUACUCUUAAGUCUUCAGCAGGCAUAUGUUCAUGGCCAACAAACUUAUUAUCUCCUAAUUUUUGGCCAAAUUCCCUCCUUGAAAUACCCAUGACUCAAACCCAACAGUUCAACCUAAAUCCAGCGUCUCCCACCCACAUUCAGACUCCGGGAAACCUUAUGUUAUGUAACAAUUUACAUGUAUCAGCAUCAUUGCCAACUUCUGGGAUCGAUCAGGAGCAAACUAGUGCUCCACCCUUCCUUCCAUGGCCACCCAUAUUAAGUAACAAUCCACAGCAAACUUUUGCUGUGGAUCCUCCCAGCUGCGAUCCACCACUUGGAGGACAUGCAAUCAUCAGAUUUGACCAAGAAAACCUUGAGAACUCGAUGGACUUCUUUGGUAUCCCAGGUGAAAUUUUUGAUAGAGUGUCUCAGGGUUUGGAUUAUGGUAAGAAUGGUCUGACUUUUACUCAAAGACAGCAGCUGCAGAAAAUAUCAGAAGCGCUUGGCAUUUCUAGUGAUGAUAAGGUUGAAAGUCUCAGGGUUGUUGAUGAUAUACAAAAAGCAUGUCCACAAGUUUCAGCUGUCCCAGUUCCUGAGUUGAACUACAACAGAAGAAUUGGUUUUUCAGUAAAUCAGGCAGACGGCUAUAAGCUUCAGUCAAACCCUCAACUUCCUGAGGCUGCAGCGGCCCAAAAGCAAAGGAUGAGAUGGGGUACUGAGCUCCAUGAACUUUUUGUAGAUGCGGUUGACAAACUUGGCGGCCCUGACAGUGCAGCUCCAAAGGCCAUAGUAACGUUAAUGAAUGUUAAAGGUCUAAGCAUCGACCAUGUGAAGAGCCAUUUGCAGAAAUAUCGUCUUCUCAAGAAAGCGCAGCAGCUGAAACAUGACAGACGGGCUUCAAACUCAGAAGGAAAGACGAAGGCUUCAGCCACCAAGGAUAUUGGUUCACAACUAAACAGCAGGUACGUGGAACUAGAAACAAUGCGUUCGCAAAUUGAGGUUCAGAAACUGCUACAUGAACAGCUCAAGAUACAAAAGGAGAUGCAGAUACGAAUAGAGAUGCAAGGUGAGCAGUUGAGAAAGAUUAUGGAAGAACAACAGAAAGCCAGCAGCUGCUUGUUCCCCAUCAAUGGUUCAUUUUCAUUGAUCAAUUCAACGACAGGAUUUGCUCAGUCAAUUCCAUUUUCCUCUACUGGUACCUCUGCUGCUAAUGAACCUCAACCAUCAACAAAUCAGAAACGACCACGGAAAGAAUAGUUGCCUCCCAGAAGCUGCCAUGAUGAUUGCAGCGUGUGUAUUACUUCUGAAUGUUCAACUGCUUGUAAAUAUUAUGUAUGCCCUUAGAAUUCAGUCUGCUUUCUGAAGUACAUUCCUUGGUUUUUGCUGAGCUGAAGUUGAAUUAAUGCAAUUGCCAGAACUGAUGCAACACCAAAUAAAAAUACUAUGCUUUUGUUCUCUA